AUGCAAAAUUUUAUGGACAAUUGUUGCGUUAAUGGGUCUUUUAAAGCCUUCAGCAUAUCGUUUUCCGGCGAUAAGGUCGACAAGGUCAGAUUCGCCUGCCCGAAUCAUAACUGCGGCCGCGUCUUUAACUGGAAGAGGAACCUGAUGAGGCAUCUGAAAUACGAAUGCGGUCUUCAGCCGCGUUUCAAGUGUCCCUACUGCGAUUACUACGGCAAGCUCAAGGGCAACGUCAGCAAGCACCUCAUCCGGAGACACAAGACCCGGAAGACCUACGUCGUCGAUCUGCUCCAAGAGACUCCUGUCUUCACGUGGAAGAGGAAUCUGACGAGCCACCUUCGCUACCAGUGCGGCCAGCAGCCUAGGUUCAAAUGUCCUUAUUGCGACUACAUGUGCAAAGUCAAGGCCGACAUACGGAAGCAUAUUAAGAACAAGCAUCAAAAUCACGACAUCUACGUCAUCGAUAUCUUCCAACAGUGGAAAGUCUCUCAGUGA